GUUUUUUCCGGUCAACUCAGUUGACCCUCACAGGCAGCUGGCAACGUAUAGCGAGACGGACCUCCAGACAAAAUGAAGCGACAGCCGGAAGAACAUCGUACUGAUGUGAAUGGUGAUGGUACGGGAGAGACGCCUUUGGCAGAUCUGCCUGACGAGUAAGCAAGGGGUCCUUCGAGUCACAGAGCAGUGCGCGUCCCACUCCAUCCAUGUAUGAUCUGUUUCCAUGUCCUCCGUCAGUCUGUUGGUGUAUCUGGAGCACUGUGUGGCACAGUUCGACGCCGAUUUCAACAGAGUGGCUGACGAGUUCAAAGGUGAAGUGAAAGCUGUGGAGUGCAUGCGUCUGAUGACUGCUCUGUUGUCAUGUAGCGCUGGUAUCUGACGCUGGCCCAGGGGAAGGCGACGGCUCCUCUGCGUCUCAGUUCACAGCCGAGAACCUCAGGCGACGAUGGCUGAAGCACACCAAGCAGCAGACGAACCAGCCUGCCAAUGCCGCUGAAAGUGCCUCCUCGAGACCAGCCGACACGGCUGAGGAGAAGGAACGUGAUGAACAGAAGAUGAAUGGGGAAGGUGGCGCCACCGAGACGGAAGGAAAACCUUCAAAUGUGUCCGACUUCAACAUCCUCCGAGACAGCCUGAGAGGUCGGCUUGCCCAGAUCCAGGCAAAUGCAGCAGCCAACCUGCCGUCGAUGGUCGAGGGAGAAGGGACUGGCGGCGAUGAGCAGCCGUCCUCGACGGAUGCGCGAGGGGAAGCGGCAGAUGAGACACACGAGGACGAGACAGAGAGAGAAGGCGCGGAUGGGGACGCGGAGGACGAUUCGCCUGUGGAAAUCUACGAUGCGACGAGGGCCAGAGUGACCGGCGGCAUCCGCCUGCAAGACGCAUCCCCACCAUCCACUUCAUCAGCCCGACCAGCGACCGAUGAGACGAAUGGAGACGCCUCGGUGGUGGUGCAGAUGGCCCUCACAGAGACGAAUGCGGCACCCAUUCCACAUUCCCUCCCCUCUGCUAUGGACAAGAAGAGCGACAAGGGUUUGAUCACGUCUCCGCCGACAGACUCAACCUUCCUCCCUGAGACGAACGAGACACAGAGUGUCCAGCAGGACACCGACGAGGCCGCCUUCAGCCAGAAGACAAAAGAACUCUUUGGCACGGACAAAGUGAGGGAGCUGUUUCCCGACCUGCCAAGAUCGUGGACUCACCCGAUGGCCAGGGACAUGGGUGCGGGACCUUCUGCCGCCGACGAGGAGUCCGCUGCCACGAUCCCGAGUUUUGACGCUAUUCUGUUGAGCCAGCAUGUCAACCCUGAUGACCCUGUGGAUGGGAACUUGGUGCAACUGCCGCCUGUAAGAUGAGACAUAAACAGAAGGGUAUGCAUAUGGCGACAUUCGACGUAUGUCUCUGCCCACAGGGGUUGGAGGAUGUAUACAGUGCACUACGGCAGGGACUUGCAGGCAGGAACUACGCUGCCGAGGCUCCCCCGGUGGACCGGCCCCACAGCCAAGCACCGAGGUCUGCCAUACCGCAGCGUUUCCAGCCGACCAUCAAGCGAGUGAGAAGAGAACAGGAAACGGCCCCUGGUGCUGACGGUAGUGAAAGGAGCGAGGCGGUGUGUGAUGGGGUCGAGCGGAUUGGGUAUGGGGAAGACGAAGGCCCCGAUGGAGACGACGAGGACGAUGUGGGCACGGAAAUAUUGGCAAAAGGUACAACUGUUUGUAUUUAUGGCUUCUUCAUUCCCGCUUCAGGUUGGUUGGCUGUCGCUUCGUGCUCGUAUGAAGCAAAACAGCCAAGACCUACUGUCAAAGAACAACGACAUCCAGGAACCCACACGGCCGCUCCCACCUCUGGUCCGCACCGAUCUAUUUCCUCCCGCCCCUCCCGUCCCUUCCACCUUCCCCGAGCCGCCCACGCCCCCACCGUCACACGCACCAUCGGCCCCUCUGCCCCGCGUCCCAUCCCCUGUAGCCAUCAUGCGCGAGCACCCGACUAUGGACGACGAACUGCCCUCGGAUGAGGCACCAUCGCCAUCGGCCAGUGUCACUGCAAGUGCCUUCAGAGACGGCAGCACGGGGGCCGACAGCACGUCCCCCGGAGACGCUUCCGUCGGUGUGGCUCGGCUGACUCCUCGGCUCUUGACUGAGAUCGAGAGGGAGGAGUUCGCCAGGGAGACGGAGAGAAGACGAGACGAGUUGCGGGGGCGGCUGGCUCCAAUUAUGUUGCCGCGAAGCCCGGAAACAAUCGAAAGGCUGGCUGCACUGACGACACCAGCGGCGACACCGAGUGGUACGGCAGCGGCAAGAGGCAGAGAGGCAAUCGGCAGGCGCUGGAUGGUGCAAAUGGAGGAGCAGGAAAACACAGAGAUGGCGGCAUGGACAUCAACCAAUGAGAUCACAAAGAGCAGAGAGGAGGAUCAGCCAUCGAGCACCGCCGGCCCGAGUGCUGCACGUGCUGAAGGGGAGGAGGCGGCGCCACCUGAGGUGACGGAUGACCAAGCCAGGCAGGCGCAGAAGGAGCGGCUGCAGUCUCAAAUAUCAGCGUGGUUCGCUCAGCGAGACGACUUGUCUCUCUUCCACCCAUCUGUCAGCUUCGCCCCAUCACUGCCGUCGUUUCCGGAGACACACCUUGACGCCUUCAAGCAGCUUCCGACCACCACGACGUUGCCGCCAUGUCUCGCCCGAUGCACCAUCGCCAUCCUGCCGUGGGGCUGCUCGUCUCGUGUGCUGACCCCGCCAUCUGAUGUGCAAGUGCUGGUACUGGAGACGCUGUUCCAGCGGGGCCUGGUCACGUCAGUGAGCCAGCUGCCGUGGACGUGUGUGGCGUCGUCGGCCCUCAUGAGGCACCAGAUGGCGAUAAGGGCGGCCGCGCAUAGGUCGGCGGCGGUGCUGCUGUUGGUGCUCAAAUGUCAGGACACCUCUUCGGUGCUAGACGUGGCCAUGGAGGGGUCGGAGCUGUCGCUGAGGGACGCGCUGUGGCUGUUCUCUACCAGUGCGGCCCUGCUCAACGACGCCAUACCCCUGCUGAUGGCACCUUUGUCGUUCUCACAGCACGGGUUUGCGUCGUGCAGUGUCGGCGGGUCCGACGCGCUUGGGACUGAUAUGCACGUGGAGAGCAUCUGUGUGACGCUGCGCUUGCAACCGAGCUCAGCUCCGACUUUGCUGCCGUGGCUGUUCAAACACACCAGCCAAGAGAGCCUCCUGUGCAUCGGGUCGGUGAGACACAAACAAGGGCAUUUAGCAUGACUAUUCAUUCAUCCGAUGUGUACAAUGCGGGGGCUUCAGGCUUCGUUUGGUAUACUCGACGCCGUCAACCAUCCAGUCGUCCCCAACCCUCUCGCUGAAGCGCUCGCAGACGCCUUACCUGCCGACACUGAUCUUGGCCUUGAGAGGACCUUUCGCCCUCACCAAGUGGCACGCCAUCCAGGGACCGGCCGACCCCACACUGGCCAGACGCACUGACCCCUCGUCGCUCAACGCUUUGUAUGGCGGCCAGGACCGGGGCAGUGCUGCUGCCACGAGCGUGCAGGCGCCACACCACGCCAUGAUGGAGGUCAUCUGGGCAUUCGGCGGGCGAAUCGACCUGACAGACAGUAGGUGGGAUGGCUGCACUGUGGGCGUGGGGGAUCGGCUCCAGCAGCUGGUGUAUGGGGCGGCCAACUGCAGACAGCUGCUGAUGAAGAACAGUCCAGCUGUCUACCGUGUUGCCCUGAGCAACCAGCUGCUCCCGCAGUGUCUGCCGCAGCUCAUUGGGGCUCUACAGUCCCGCUGUGGCGCCCUUCUGAGCAUCAGCUCCCUCCCGUCCGUCUCCAUCGCCUGUAUUCCACCCCGCACAUCGAGUUUCGUCUUCACGUCUGUGUCGGAGGGCGGGUGGGAGGCCCUCUCGUCGAUCGAGGAGCACCUGUUGCGCCCACCAGUGCAGACCCAAGGAUGGAGGGACCUCACGAAGGCGGGCGCCCACGCAGUGUCACAGAGACGUGAUUCGAAGGAGAAGGACAAAGGGAAGGAAUGUGGGGCUCUGCCUCUGUCCUUUCAUCCCUUGGCUGGUGAUGUGUCGGUCGACCCUCUGGGGCUGCUCAUCCGGGGCGGUGACCUCAGGGGCCGGGGGAUGGUGGCCAUGGGGUCGGGUGGCGCAGGAGACGAAGACACGCCAGAAAUAGCAGUAUUCGGUGCGGAAAGAAGCGAUCCCUUUCAGAUCGUUGCAAUGGGGACAUGAGUGUGUGUCUUGCAGGUGCGUGUGGUUCGCUCGACGAGGCCCCAGGUCUUGCUGCGUUCCUUGCUGACGUCCUCUGCGAUGGCAGCAUCGCAUCCCGCAUCCGCGUGCCCGAGGACGGCAGGGAUGACGUCCAAUCAUUCGACGACAUACCACUCUUCGGUGAGACACACUCACACAAAGAGCUCUUUUGCAAGGUUCGUACAAAGAGGCUCGCUCUGUUGCUUGAUGAUCAGGUGGCGCCCUGCAAGUGAUAGCCUUCACCCUCAUCGACCUCAAGUACCACAACCAAAUCAGCAACCAGGAUGCCGCAGCGAAGGAGACAUCGGCAGCUGCAUCCCCACACGACGAUCUCUCCUCUCUCUCCUGGGGCGGCGCCGGCAGCCUCUGCAGAGACAAUGCCACAAUGACGACUGAGGGGCGAGAGGCGAGGGACAAGGGCAUCAAAGCCCUCAUGGCGCCCCAUCUCUGUGACCUCACCCAGCUGCAGCGAGGCGGGAGCCACCCCUGCCCCCUUGAGGACGCCCUGCGGCUGCGUGAGGAAGAUCUCAAGGACGGGGUGAUGUUCCUUUGUGCGGUGCGGGGCGAGCGGGCGAUCGAGUCGAUGAUCGGCCCGCUGAACCGCACUGCACGUCGACAUAUAUCCCAGCGAGCCAGAGCUCCCCAGCCCCCGGUCAGCCGGCAGCUGAGCGGGUCUCUUUCCAACGGAUCAGGGCCGGUUGUGAGACCCGUUGAGGCCGACGAUAUCGUUUUCCUCACGCCAGAUCAGAAGGUUAGGCGAGAGAGCGGGCACAAAACAGCUCGUCUGUAUGGCCUUUGGCAUGAUGUAUAGGCUGCCCGUGCCAUCUGGCGUCUGUUCUUCGGCCGGCACGAGAGGUCAGUGCCGGUGGUGGGUGGCGGGUCGUUCAUCGCCCACCCCGCCCGCCAUCGGCUGUCCGAAGAGCGAUACCACCCAUCGCCCCCACUCACACACGUGGGGGAGGCUCUCCUGUUUUCUUCUGCCCUGCGGCCUGUCAUGACAUCAACGGUGGCAGUGCUGCUCGCCGGUGGGCUGUCGGCUGCCUCUGGUGUGUCGAAUAGCCCGCCUUGUCUAACAUCUGCCCUCGAGAUGGUGGCCCAUGCGGCGCCGACACACAACAUCGAGAUCGCUGGAGUGUACACCACACGUAGGCAGCCAGCAGGGGACACAUGAUGGUCUACGGUGGAUGGCCUUUCUCUGUGCGUGUGCCAUUCAGCGCUGCCGUUGACGGAUUUGGAGGCUGCCAUUUUGUGCAGACAGGAGUUGGAUGACAACCGGGCCCACCUGACCCCCUCAGUGCGGGACAGCGUCACGGCGUUCUUUCAAUCGCUGGCGAUGUCCGCGCACGAUGGCCAUUUCAUCGUAUGGGUCACACUCAAAGGCACCAAUGGUAACACACCACACAACGAGAGAGGCACGACAUCUCGUCUUGUCUCGUCUGUUCACCGUGUGCGUCAGUUGUGAAGCGGUGGGCCCGUCUGUGCGGCUCUUCGUACGCCGCCCUCAAUACACAGCUGUCCCGACCUGCACUCAAGAACCAGAUCGGCCACAUCCCACUCUCAACCACACACACACCCACAGCCACAGCCGCAGACACCUCGGCCUUUUCUCUGCCCGCCCUGCUGUGUGCGACAUCCUACCAAGCAGCCCAGUUUCUGCUGAAUCAGCUGCUGCGUCGGGGGGGCAAGCGACGUGCGAGGGAGAGGGCGGCCGGAAGUGGGCUGGAGGGGUAUGAUGAGGGUCAGGCCGGGGCCAGUGAUGCUGCCGAGGCCAAGACGUGUGUAAUUGUGAGCGUGAAGGCUGAGGAGUCGCUCGCUGGAGUUCUGGAAGGUAGCUGAGACACGGCCAGGUGCCUCUUUGGGGGUAUACGCGGUGGUGUGGUUGGUUUCUGCAGCGUUUCUUGGUCAUGUGUUGCGUGUGGAUCCGCCGGUGGAGUUGCGUGCCGUCAAGACGCUGAGCCCGCCAGAGAUCCACUCGUUCAGACACUUCCUGGCCCACCAAGUCAGUCAUAACAAGGCUACCGCAUCACCCACUGACUCACUCACUCAUCGCCGAUCAUUGUCUCAUUUCCCAGGGUGUCCUGGUGGACACUGCUGUGACUAUGUCUGCUCCGGUGGCGUCUGCUGCUGGUUUGCCGUCUGUUGCUGUGCUGGUCUGCGAGGGCGUCCACGCCGCUGCCAGCAUACAGGCACACACACAGAGAGAGAGACAGAGAGAGAGAGUGAAAAGACGCUGACCCUCUCCUGUGUGGUGCCUGCCUGGCAGGGUGUGUGUGAUCGUCACUAUCGUCAGCAGGCGGCCGUCAAGUGCGCUGUGGCACAGACACCCACCAUGGUAUGUAUCUGCACACCGCCAUCCAAGCGGGUGGAUGCCAUCAGCCAAUAUGUGCUGUUAUCCACAUGCUCAGGUGGCCCGUGAGCUUCGCGCCUUCUUCCCCGACCUCUAUCCGCCCGUGCAGCGCAGCCAGUCCACACGCGCGCGAGGGUAGCCACUCAGCCAUACACUGAUGCAGUGUUUUUGGGAUGGGAGUGCUCACUUUGUGGUGAAGUGGAGUGCAGUCAAGUGUGAGCCUUAGAUGAGACAAACCAAACGGACGGAC